UCCACCUGUCCCUACCACACAUCCAUCUCCAUUGCUCAUUGAACCCCCUCCUGAGGAGACGAACACCGAAAAUCGCCCUCAAACACCAAGUCAUAACUCACAAGAAAACUCCACUAUAAACCAGAAUAUUCACUUAUCACCUGCAUCCACAGAAAAAUCUACUCAUCCCCCAUCCCCACCACAUAACACCCCCAAACGCGUAAAACUCAUACUCCCUCCCCCUCCAAAUGAAAUGCAUACAGAAGUGGAGUCACCUCUCACCAAUCCUCCCACCCCAACCCUAAUGAAUAGAGAACUCAAAAGCCUCACAAAUCCCAUCCAUUUCGAGAAACGCGAAGACAACCUCCCAGCCCGUCGUCACAAUCGCCCUCCUCCCCAACAUUCCAAUCAUGCCCUCGAAUUUUCAUUCUCCGCUCAAUCACUCCCUGAACCUCAUUCUAUUGAAUUCAUGCACUCGUUAUUGGACUUGGACAUCGAACGAGAUGCCACCUCCUGGCAUGCCGACUCCAUUGCCAUAUCAUAUACCGAUGCUCCUGACUAUGUAUUUCAAACCUCAACCACACUCGAGCCAAAGUCACUGGCUGAAGCCUUAUCACGACCUGACGGUGACAAAUGGCUCGACGCUGCUUGGAAUGAAAUCCUCGCCCAUGUCAAGAACGGCACCUUCGAGCCAGUACCUCUACCACAUGGAAAGAAGGCCAUUGGAUGCCGUUGGGUCUUCAAGGUCAAAAGGAACUCGGACGGCAGCACAGAGAGGUACAAAGGGAGAAUUGUAGCAAAGGGUUACCUCCAAAGAGAAGGCAUAGACUACAGCGAUACUUUUGCACCCACGACAUCACUAGCAGCGAUGCGAGUCGUGCUAGCAAUAGCUGCAAGGGAGGAUAUGGAGAUAGAAUCUAUCGACGUCUCAACUGCCUACCUCAAUGGCGAAAUUGAUGCAGAGGUGUACAUGGAUGUUCCGGAAGGCUUACAAAUAGGCGGUACUGAAGGUGAUCCCUCCACAAAACUGAAACUCGCAAAAGGUCUCUAUGGUAUCAAGCAGGCUGGUCGCCUAUGGAACCGAAAAUUACGCUCCAUCCUCGAUACACUCGGCUUCAGCUGCACUGAUGCUGACCAUUCCGUCUAUAUCUAUCAACGCAACGGUACCCGCAUUAUCUUACCUGCCUACGUCGACGACCUAACGAUAUGCUCAAACUCAACCUCCGCCAUAUCCCAAUUCAAGGCGGACCUCGCAAAUCACCUGGAGUUCCGCGACCUUGGUCCGACUGAAUUCAUUUUAGGCAUCAAGGUUGAGCGGGACCGUUCCAAACGCCGACUCUGCUUAUCACAAUGCACAUACAUUAAAGAUAUUCUAGACGAACAUCUUGACGGCUAUAAAUCCUCAGAUGGCGGCGUGAAUGCUGUCCUAACUCCUAUGAAUCAAUCACGCCUCUCAUCCAAAGACGUACCACGCACACCUGAGGAGUUGAAAAAGGUGAAGGAUUCCCGUUACCUCGAGACGAUAGGGAAACUGCUCUACCUGCAACGUGCCACAAGACCCGACAUCGCCUUUGCAGUCAACCGUCUUUGCAGAUUCGGUGCAAAUCCCGGUCUUCCCCAUGUUGCGGCGCUCAAGCACCUAUUACGAUACCUGGCUGGUACCGUAAACUACAAACUAGUGUAUGACCCUAUCCCAUCUACCGACGCCUUCGUUACCUAUGCAGACGCAGACCUGGGUGGGAAUGUCGAUAACUCUCGCUCGACUGGGGGAUUCGCAAUCAUGAUUGGAUCUGGUGCCGUCAACUGGGGUUCACGCCUCCAACGCCAAGUUUCCCUGUCCUCCACUGAGUCCGAAUACACCAAUGCAUCUGCUGUCGGCUGCGAAGUCAUCUGGACGAGAUACUUACUGGAGGACAUAGGAUUCCCCGUCAACUCCCCAUCACCAAUUUACCUCGAUAGCAACUCUGCCGGCCAAGUCAUGAAAAAUCCCGAGCACCAAAGCUCAAUGAAGCACGUCCACAGAAGUUACAACUGGGUUCGGGAAAAGGUCGAGAAUAAAGAUCUACGAGUCUGUCGUGUUGCUGGAGAAGACAAUCCAGCCGAUAUCUUCACCAAACCGCUAGGCAAGAUCAAAUUUUCGAAAUUUCGCGAUAUACUAGGGCUACGGCUCAUGGAAUGA